GAGCACCUCUAUAUCCUUAACCCAUCUCUGGUAAUUCAAAGACCCGCAUCUCAAGUUAGCUCUCGGCCCAAUGCAACCACCACUCUCACAAUCCCACCUCAUGGAGAAUAUGGACGAUGCAUCAACUUCCUCAGGCGAGUCAGGGAUGACGCCCACGCAUACCAGCCUACUGGAACCGCCAUACGCCGACCCCGACCCACCGCCAUAUCCUGCCCCGGCUGCAGUCGCUCCUCACAAGGGAGCAACGUUCAUCAUUCGCGAUCCCGAGAGCAGCCUUGUCAUCACCCUCAAGGAUGGCAAAGUAGGCUUGGCCCCUGCGAACAAGGAGAGCGCAUGGACUUAUAACAGUGACGACGGGCUUGGUAGCCACUGGCGCUGCGUUGAGAGCAAGGAUCGCUGGCUGGGCUUCUACAAUGCAGUUUCGGGGGGGUUCCUCGGGCAUGAUAACAACAAGAAGGAGUGGCGCUUCAUAGCAAAGGCCGAGACACACAGGCAAUGGGAGUAUUUCUGUGUCCGUCAGCAUCCAGAUGGCGGCCACGAGCUGCUUGUGAAGCAUUGGGAUGGGUUUCGUGCAAUGCAAGUAGGAGGCGACAUGGGCAGGGAUCUGGUUGUUGCUGGUGAAGGACACAGCGGGACAGCAUGGGAGUUUCUUAAAGUUUGUUCUGAGAUUUGACAUUAUUUUUGAUGCGUUGUGAAAGUCUUUGGAAUUGGACACUAGUGCAGUAUACUGGUUGAUUCUCUAAUAAACCAGGGUCUACUUGUGGUCUUAGCUGUGAGGAUCGCUCGCUUUGAAGCACAGGAAUAACCAGCUGAUAAGCAGCUUUUCCG